AUGUCGAUAGAGCUAAGAGAGGGUCUAGCAGACCAGUCGCUAGAUCAAGUGCUAGAGGACUUGCUAGUGCGGUUUGUUGUGAACGUGCCCGAGGAGGACUUGUCGUCAAUUGAAAGGAUAUUCUUUCAAGUGGAAGAAGCCCAUUGGUUCUACUUGGACUUUGUUCGACAGUUGAACCCCAGCUUGCCCGCAUUGAAAAUGAAGAAUUUUUCAGCGAGAUUGUUGGAGAAAUGCCCCAUAAUAUGGAAGUGGGGCGAUCCGGUGGACGCUCUUGCCAGAUUUGGGAAGUACAAGAGCACCAUCCCCGUGCGGGGCGUCGCUUUGUUCAAUCCCGAUUUGACGAAAGUGCUAUUGGUCAAGGGCACCGAGUCCAACGCCUGGUCGUUCCCUCGAGGAAAGAUAUCCAAGGACGAGAGCGAUAUCGACUGCGCGGUGAGAGAGGUGGAGGAGGAAAUCGGGUUCAACUGCAGGGACUAUAUCGACGAAAACGACUACGUUGAGCGCACGAUUAGAGGCAAGAACUACAAGAUUUACCUUGUUAAAAAUGUUCCCGAGGAUACAAUUUUUGAGCCAGUGGCCCGGUUUGAGAUUUCCGAGAUCAAAUGGUUUAGUGUCAAGAACUUGCCGAAAAAGAUCAAGGCCAACUCGAAUAGCUACUUCAUCAUUGGAACCAUCAUGAAGGCCGUCUUGGAGUGGAUCAGCAAAUGCCAGGGCAUGAGAAACGAAGAAGAGACAAUCAAACGCAUGGAGAUUAAAUUGAAAGAGCUUAUGGGGAUCAACAAACCGCAUCCUCAAAAGGGGCCCGAUGCCGGCCGAGAGUUGUUGAAUAUCUUGCAACGCGUCGAUCCUAGUUUGGCUGGCGAUGCAGCUGGGGCCCAGCCUGCUUCCGGCCACGUUUCGAGCCAAAUUCCAAUCCCUUCCACUCAUGCCAACAUGGGACAGUACCAAUCGAGUCGGCACGCACUCACCAACAAUUUACAACCAAUCCACUUUCCCGGUUACGAGAAUGCAACCGCAUUUCACCACCACCACCACCAUCCAGCGCACUAUAAUCAGCAACUAGAGCCGCCAAACCCCGAGAAAUUGCAGAAGCCACACACAAACUCAAAGGAGCUUUUGUCUAUACUAAGGACCAAGAUGCACACCAAAAGCGAAGUGGACCAUCUUGUUAAAAAGAAGACCACCGAUACAGGAAAUAUCCGGUCGAAAGCCCAGGAGUUGUUGAGUGUGUUUCCAAAGAAAUUGCAAGGCGCCAAUGCUCCAGCACCUCAGGGCGCAGCGAAUGGCCAGCAGUCCGAUUUGGCCAAAACGCGUCCCACAAAGAUUCUUGAGAAAACUCAAAUACGAGCUACAAUACCAAAAGCAGGAUCUGCACUGCCAGACAUUUUUUUGCUGCUGCAACAACAGCAACAGCAACAACAACCCCCAAGGUCUUCGCUGCUGCGCCAACAACCCUCAAACGAAAUUGAGGAGUCUAUUAGAUCGUCUUACCAAAGACAGCCCACAGCGGGGAAAAAGAUUAAAUUACUCAAACGUUCAGAUAAUCCAGCUAAUCUACUGGACGUGCUCGGUCCUAAAAAAGAAGCACCCAGUGCGGAGUCGGCAACUGUAGGCCAAGAUCCUGUUCCCGAAGCAGCAAAGGUGAAUGACGAGGUGAAACAGGCGCAGCUAUCGCCAGCCACCAGUCAGCAGGCAAAACAAGUUUUCCAACCGCCAGCCACCAGUCAGCAGGCACAACCGAACGACGCAGCAUCCAAGGAGAUACUAGGAUUCUUGGGCAAACCCACCGCGCCUUCUUCCACUGCUCCAAUUCCCAACGAGCGCAAACUUUCAAACGGGUUCCUCGGUUUACUACGUAAAGAAUCGAGCGAUUCCAAUGCCAACGAAACCUCGCACAUUGUUUCUCCAACCAGAGACUUUUUGAGUCUCCUCCGCAAACCUGCUGCCACCGCCGAAGACGGCUCACAAAGACCACCGCCGCCACCACCGGCAACAGCAGCUCUUCGAACUAGUGAAUCGACAAUAUCCACCACGGCGCAGAUACAAGGCUCGAGUGAAACUCAAAACGCAAACCCCAAAUCGCAGCAGUCGACGUCGUCCAAUUCGGCAAAUAGAUUGAUGGGAUUAUUGGGGAGAAAACCGGCCGUUGUCAGCCCGACGGCUCCUGCCGAUGUCGCGACUCAAAGUCAAAAUCAAAUUCAAAGUCAAGCUGCACAUCAAGCUGCUGAUUGGAGUCACCAGUCCAAAUACGACCAAUUUAGUGCUCCUGCUCCUUUCACUAAUGUUCCACUUCAAGCUAGCAGUGGCGAUUCUACCAGCAAUAUUGCAACAGCCAACAACACUAUAGCGUCCCCACUUUCAGACAUUUGGGCUCAUAAUAAGACCCACACGGAUACAGAUUUCCAUUCUCGUCCAAUAGACCUUGGUUUGGGCCAACCGCAACCAUUGGCACACAACAUUUUGGACCAUUUAAAAUUUGGAAGCGGCCGACAACCACAACAACCACCACAACACCAACACCACCCCAGCGCCAUUUCCAGUGGGUUGGCUCCUGGCGUUUCAAGCAACACACCAUCUGCUGAACCUGAACCUGAACCUGAGCCGGAACCAGCCGAUCAGUUUGAGAAUUUUGAAGAUUUUGAAAACUUCGAGGACUUUGGUCACCAGUAUGAUUUCGAUGAUGAUGAUGACCCCUUACCGAAGACAUACAAGAAUUUCGACAUUGGAAGCGAUGAUGAAUAA